AUGGCCUCCUUGUACGGCUCGACCGAGACACAGACCACACAAGGCGAAAAUGGCACCCAAAAACAUGGAGCUCGAGCCACCCAGCACACUUUCAAGAGCAAUGAGCGUGAUAUAGAGCAGGCUAGCUCGAAGUCUGCGUUUAAUUCCAAGAAAGCAUUGUGGGCUUUUUUGGUCUUGUGCUACUCGACUGGUCCGACCUCCGCGAUGGUCUCAAAUUACGUCUCAGCAGCAAUUUUGUCCGCCGCCAAUCUCUUGGGUCAUCAAGCUGGAUCACACAAGCCUUGUCCUCGUCGCGGCACUAACAUCAACUGUCGCGUCAAAUUUGGAGCCGUCGAGAUCGAUUAUGCUAGUUAUACGCUGUAUCUCCGAGCAAUCAGUCGCUCAACCGAGGGCGUUCUGUCAAUACUUACGGCGGGUCUCGCGGAUUAUUCUUACUAUCGCAAGACAAUGAUGAUGACCUCGAUCUUCUUAUUUGGCCUCCUGGCCUUACCGUUCGCCGCACUGACAGGCAAGACCUAUAGCCAUUUGACCGCGCUAUCCGUCCUAUACUGUCUAUUGACGACUGUGAGUGGUAUAUACACCGUCAUCGAAGGGUCAUAUAUUCCGAUUUUCAUGCGCUCUACCGGCUGGUUCCGUGAUGUUGAGGUAACGGGAGUCCAGAGUGAAAACAGCACGUGGAAUAAAGGUGUUUCAGUCAGCGUGCUGGCCCUAGUGUCAAGCAAUGUGGGUGGGUUGACCGCGUUGAUAAUCGGCGUGAUUCUUGUCUACGGUCGUGGAUCGUACGUUAAAAUCGGAUACCAUAACUAUCUGCUCGCCAUCACGAUUGCAGGAUGUAUCACCAUUGUUUUCGCCAUUAUUGGACAGUUCCUACUACCCUCUGUGCGUGGCAAGGAGGUAGAUAGUACAAAGGACAAAACACACCUACUUCUAGCAGCCAAAAACUGGUUUCGGAUGCUGAAGAGCGCACCUCGUUAUUCCGAAGCUUUCAAGCUCUGCAUUGGAUGGGUUCUUUGGAAUACAGGCUACAGUAAUCACCUGGCCCUGAUCGGCUCCUUGUUUAUCCAAGUUACCGGGUUCAGCACCGGUUCGCAUGUCUACUCUGUCUGGUCAUUUACGAGUGUGAUCUUCGCCUGCAUGGGUAGUCUGGGCUUCAUGUAUCUGUACCCUCGUCUUAAGAUUCCCGUUAAAGCAUGGGUAUAUACAUUCCUUAUGGUGAACAUUCUUUGCGUUUUGUGGGGGUGCAUCGGGAUUAGUGACGAUGUUACUAUUGGAUACAAGCAUCAGGCAGAAUUUUGGGUUGAGCAGGUACUCUUCAUGUCGACUAGCAGUGCGCUCCGUGCUUACAAUAGGGCUAUUUACUCUACGCUUAUUCCAGAGAACUCGGAAGCGCAGUUCUUUGGGCUGGAGAUUACACUGGAUUUAGCGACUGGGUGGAUUAACCCGCUUGUUAUGGGUGUGAUCCAAAAUCGGACACAUAAUCUGCGUUUUCCCAUGAUUCCGAACUUAUUAUUGAUGAUUGCUGGGCUUGGAUCUUACUGGAGCGUGGACGUUUCGAAGGGGAUCGCCCAGGCAAAAAUAUCGUUGUCAAGCUAG